GCUACAUGUAGGGCGGGAUCAGCUCUCUGCCGCCCUGCCGGUACCGUAGCGCUAAAGGAGUUCAUCUAUAUUCUCGAUCCAUGCCGCCUUCGAUGCAGCCGCUUUACAGCCUUGCGGCUGGCGUUCUGCACCUGCGUUCUCCUACGCCUACCUCGCCUGAGGCCUGAUGCGACGCCAUCACCAAACUAAGAAUACAACAACGAACACCAGCUUCGGCUCCCAACACUGUUCCGGACUGCUGUUUACCAUAGAUCUACCUAGUACUGUACAGCCGUUCAUCCUCCCCUCCAUAUGCUAACCUAGAGAACGAUCAGGGGAAGCCAGUUGCCGCACUCUUCUCAUCAGGCUGCCGCAUUAAGCCUCGUGUCUCAUUUCUACCGCAUGUGCUUACCACAUCUCCGAACAGAUUGAUGCGUCUUUUGAAGUACGACAAAAAUGGAGAGCUCACCAUCAUCAGCUUCAACAAUAACGCGAUACCUCCUUAUGCGAUACUUUCACACACUUGGGGAGCAGAUGAAGAUGAGGUGGCUUUCGCGGACCUGGUAAAAGGCGAUGGCAAGGCUAAGCGUAGCUACAAGAAGAUUCGCUUCUGCGGAGAACAAGCACAGCACGACGGUUUGCAGUACUUCUGGAUUGACACAUGCUGCAUCGAUAAGUCGGACAAGGCUGAGCUAUCCCAGGCUAUCCGGUCCAUGUUUCGUUGGUACCAAAACGCAACCAGAUGCUAUGUUUAUCUAUCAGACGUAUCGACAAGGAAGCGGAAAGCCAGCAGUAUGCUUACUGUGACGGUUUAUGGAGUAAAGCGGUCAUGUCUGCCACGUGUGCUGGUGCAGUGCUCUUGCCUGUUCCAAUAGCACUUUCUGUCUGAACGACAGAUACGUCAUGUAAACAGACCCCGCUGGGGGUCGAGUGAGAGAGACAGAACACUAAACAACCCAACAGAAUAUACUGAUUUUACUGCUUCGCGCGGUUACCCCUGACUUACUGCCCUGCGCGGUUACACCUUCACUUAUUGCAUUUACUGCAACAGAUGGUCUCUAGAACCCUACUAUUCUA